CGGCGGUUGGCGGUUCAGUGCGUGCCCAGCCGCGACCGCGUCGCACUCGCGUCAGCGUCUCGUUCCGCCGUCGCCUCCUCCUCGGCUAUCUGCUUGUUCACCGCCGCGUGUAGCUCCGGCGCUGGGGCCGCAGCACCGCCGUCCCCGCGUCGUGUCGCUCCGCCGCCGGGCGCAGAGGGAGCGGAGGUCGCGCUAUGUCGCGGCCCAGCCCGCAGGAGGAGAACUUGCAGGGUUCCUGGGUGGAACUCCACUUCAGCAGUAAUGGAAAUGGCAGUGGAAGCACUGUCACACUGAGCCAAGAGCAAGUACCAGCCUCUAUUUCCAUUCACAAUGGUGACAUGGAGAAAAUACUCCUUGAUGCUCAACAUGAAUCUGGAAGAAGCAGUUCAAGAGAAAGUUCACAUUGUGACAGCCCUCCUCGUUCACAGACACCUCUGGACAGUCACAGAGCUUUGGAGGUAGAGAGUCACAGCAGCGGAGAAAAGAACAGCUUUCAGUCUGAAGAAGAUUUUCUUGAAAGGAGGAGAGAAGUAGAAAGGCUCUUGAAGAAGAAUGCAGAUUGGAUAUGGGAUUGGUCCAGCAGGCCAGAGAACAUCCCACCGAAGGAAUUCCUUUUUAAACAUCCCAGGCGCACAGCGACUCUCAGCAUGAGAAAUACCAGCGUAAUGAAGAAAGGGGGGAUAUUCUCAGCAGAAUUUUUGAAGGUUUUUCUUCCAUCUCUGCUUCUUUCUCAUUUGCUUGCCAUUGGACUAGGGAUUUACAUUGGCAGACGCCUUACGACCACAGCUUCAAGCAGUACGUUUUAGAGGCCCUUGAAAUGUAGUUUCAAAGUGAAGAAAGUGCUCAUCUGGGAAUAUACAGGAGGUGAACAGCGAGAAUGUCUAAGCCAGCAAUGACUGAGCCUGAUCAGAGUGUACUUGUUCUGUAAAUGCUGUGCUCCUAGUUUAGUAAGAAUGGGAAAAGAGACACUAAAGCUAAUGUAUCAUAUGUAGUCUUUAGAUGAGCUCAUAGAGCAUGUUUCAGAUGCAUUAACUUCUGUGGUGCUGCUUUAUAGUGAAGUAUCUUGCAAAAUUAAAAGAACUUGAUGUUUAAAAACAAUCCUAGCUUUAAGAUAGCAGUUGUGAUUCAGCUAGGUACUCAUCUGAACUGCUGCUUCUUUGUACUUCAUAGAUGUGAAUAUUUGUCACUGCUACUGUAGUCAUGGCAAUGAGGGAAUAGCCCAAAACAAUGUGUGGCCUUAUGUAUCAUACACGGGAAUUCAGAGGAGCUCACAUCUCACUCAAGGCAGCUUCUUCCUUAUUCAGAUUUUGCCUAGCUCUCUCUUGCUUUUGUGAGAUGUGUUGAGACGCAGUCAGCUGGGAGAAAUUGGCAUAGGAGUAAAACUUCCAUCAGUUUUUAGUAGUUCAGAAUGUGAUGCACAACAGCCUGUAUUAAAAUUUGGACUUCAGUGCCUAAUAAAUAGCUUCUUUUGCAAAGACAUUUA